AUGCCUGGCGCACCGUCACCCUCUUUCAGGCCAUUCCCAUCCACCUCAUCUACGACCCAGGCAUACAAGGACCAAUCCAACAAGAAGAAGAAGACACUACUUCAGCAGCAGCCUCAACCAGAGCCCACUUACCACACUAUGAAUACUGAAAAAGACUCACUAGCAUCCUCAGCAGACUCGGUAGCUCGGACAGCCAUGAAGCUAGACUUUAGGAUUGCCAACUUAUGUGGGACUGUCUACAAGCAAGGCAACCUUCUAUUCACUCCUGAUGGCAAUUCAGUUCUAUCUCCCGUCGGAAAUCGAGUCACCGUCUUUGAUUUGGUUGGGAACAAGUCAUUGACUCUACCGUUCGAAAACCGUAAAAAUAUAUCAAGGAUCGCUUUAUCGCCUAAUGGAGCUCUUCUUUUGACUGUUGAUGAAGAUGGCCAAGCAAUGCUCGUAAACUUCCCACGCAAAGUAGUCCUGCACCAUUUCAACUUCAAAUCCCCCGUCCGAGACAUUGUCUUUAGUCCAGACAAUCGCUGGAUUGCAGUCACAAUAGGCAAACUCUUACAAAUCUGGAGAGCUCCAGGCUUCACUCGUGAAUUCGCUCCAUUUGUGCUCUUCAAGACACUAGGAGGCCAUUACGAUACCAUUUUGUCUAUAUCCUGGUCUGCAGAUUCAAGCCAUAUCUUGACCACUUCAAAGGAUAUGACCGUUCGUAUAUAUGAGAUUGAGCCUAAUAUGCAGGAAUCAGAACAUGGACGAGAAGAGCAUGUGAAACAUAUUAUGCUGUCUGGACAUCGACAUUCAGUGCUAAGGGCAUGGUGGGGUGCUGAUAUGUCGACAGUAUAUUCAGUCAGUAAAGAUGGAUCACUGUUUAUAUGGAAGAAGGACGAUGGAUCUGCAGCAUCUGAUAAUGCUCAUGAUGCUAAUGGAGAUAAAGAGAUGCCAGCCAAAAAGAAACUCAAGCCAGAACGACCACUGGUCGCUCGACCUGUCCUCAAACGAUCUGCCACAUGGAGGAUAUCGGAACGCCACUACUUUAAACAGGGUGGUGGAGUCAAUGUAGUUAGUGCUGCCUUCCAUUCUUCAUCGCAGAUACUUGUGAUUGGAUUGUCGAAUGGUGUGUUUGGAUUAUGGGAAUUGCCUGAUUUUACGAAUAUUCAUACUCUCAGCAUCUCGAGUAAGAAAAUCGACGCAGUAGCCAUAAACCCAUCAGGCGAAUGGCUCGCAUUCGGCUCCUCCAAGCUAGGCCAACUCCUAGUCUGGGAAUGGCAAUCCGAAUCCUACGUCCUCAAACAGCAGGGCCAUCGUCAUGACAUGUCUUCAGUAGCAUACUCUCCGGAUGGCCAAUUCGUAGCAACAGGUGGUGAUGACGGCAAGCUGAAAAUAUGGAGUACCUUAACAGGAUUCUGCCACGUAACAUUCACUGAACAUACGUCUGGAAUCGAAGCAGUAGAAUUCGCCAAAGCUGGACAAGUAGUGUUUACAGCUUCGUUAGAUGGAACGAUACGAGCUUUUGAUUUAAUCCGAUAUCGUAAUUUCAAGACGUUUACGUCUCCGAAUCCUGUACAGUUUUCUGCUUUGGCUGUUGAUCCCAGUGGAGAAGUCGUCGUAGCUGGAUCCCGAGACUCGUAUGAAGUGUUUGUGUGGAGUGUAUCCACUGGUAGAUUAUUAGACGUGUUGAGUGGUCAUACCGGUCCUAUAAGUGGACUUGUAUUUUCACCCAUUGAAGGACGAGUAGCCAGUUGCUCAUGGGAUCGAACAGUCAGGUUAUGGGAUGUAUUCUCACGUAAUGUGCCGACAGAGUCGUUCGACCACCAAUCUGAAGUACUGGCACUCGCAUAUCGUCCCGAUGGACGCCAGCUAGCUGCUUCGACACUGGACGGCCAGAUAUCGUUCUGGGACGUAGCUGAUGCCAGACAGGUUGGAUCUGUAGAAGGCCGUCGUGAUAUAUCAGGUGGUCGUAAAGCAACAGAUCGAACAACAUCCAGUAACUCCGCAGCUGGUAAAUCAUUCACUUCGUUAUGCUAUACUGUAGACGGCAGUGCUAUCCUCGCAGGUGGCAACUCGAAAUACGUCUGUAUAUAUGAUACAUCAACGCAAAUCCUGCUGGAGAAAUUCCAGAUAUCACAUAACUUAUCACUGGACGGCAUCCAAGAGUUCCUAAACUCAAAAAACAUGACUGAAGCUGGACCAAUCGAAUUAAUACAGGACGAUGACGAAGAAGCCAGUGAUUUAGAAGACAGGAUGGACGCUUCCAUGCCCGGUGUAUCGAAAGGAGACAUGUCAUUACGAGGCGCUACGCGGCCCGAAGCGCGGACCCGCUGCGUCCGCUUUGCUCCAACAGGCCGAUCUUGGGCUGGAGCAUCAACUGAAGGCCUGCUCCUCUACUCGCUAGACGAAACCCUUAUAUUUGAUCCAUACGAUCUAGACACCGAUAUAACGCCCGAAGCAAUUCACACGUAUAUAUCCCAACACGAAUACUUGCGUGCCCUCGUAACGGCGCUCCGACUCGGUGAACACGCACACAUAAAAACCGCAUAUGAUGCUAUACCGAGUGCGGAUAUUGAGCUGAUUGCUGCUGAACUGCCGCCUAGAUAUCUAGAAAGGCUGCUGAGGUUUGUUGUUGUGUAUGUGGAACAGUCUGGACGUGUCGAGUUCCAUUUGGCUAUUGUGACGGCGCUGCUGCAGUGUCAUGCGAGGUAUACGAGAGUGAGGGUGGCGGAAUUUGGAGGUGUUUUGAGGGGGUUGGCGAAGGGUAUUGGGAGGUUGUAUGAGAGUACUUCGAAACUAUGCAACGAAAACACAUAUGCUCUGGACUUUGUGCUAGUCAAGUUGGCACAGAGUAAUGAUGAUGGGGAGAAUCAGGAUAUAGAAAUGCUUUUGUAG